UUCGUUCGCUACGGAGCGUCAGCGAUUGGCAUGUUGUCUACAGGGCCUGAUUCGAUGGAGCAAUUUAAUCAGAUUGGCGAAGAAUUGACUAAUCUGGAUACGCCUUAUAUUGCAGAUUGGUACACUGGCUUAAUGAGCAAAAUAAACCGCAACGGUCUCAACUUGCUCGCGGUCGCAUUCAUUGCAGUCGGCAUCUUGCUGUUUGUGGCGAACUUCACGAACUCCCCCGAGAUGGCGCUGCUGUGCGUGGUAGUGCUGCUGGUGGUGUGCGUGGCGUCGCUCGGGCUGCUGGUGUGCGUGGUGGUCGAGUGUCUGCACGCGCCCGACCGCUGCCUGUUCAAGAAGCUCGACGGGCUCUCGGCGAUCAUAGUCGCCAUGUUCUGGUUCGUCUAUGUAUUCGGUGAGUUUACAUUUGGUCAGAACUCCCCCGAGUCGGCGCUGCUGUGCGUGGUAGUGCUGCUGGUGGUGUGCGUGGCGUCGCUCGGGCUGCUGGUGUGCGUGGUGGUCGAGUGUCUGCACGCGCCCGACCGCUGCCUGUUCAAGAAGCUCGACGGGCUCUCGGCGAUCAUAGUCGCCAUAACUCCCCCGAGAUGGCGCUGCUGUGCGUGGUAG